GUUAAUUAAUUAAUUUUACUCAGCACUUAAAUGUAUAAUUACACUGUAACAAGUAAAGUAAACUCUGUUAUUAAAUAAAUAGUAAAUGUGGCCGUAAGCAUAUCCACACUGACAUAAACCAGUAAAAACAUUGAAUGAUUCCUAAUGUAAAUAUAUUACUUGCUCUAUCAACCUUUAUUCUCUUGUUAAUCAAUUUUCUCCUAUUUUUCUCGCCGUGACAGCCAUCUCAUUUUGGUGCGCCGUCACCCGGUUUGGGUGAAAUGUCCUUUAGUUCCACAUGAGCUCUACUAUGUGGUACAUCAUGCAGAGUAUUCAGAGCAAAUACUCAUUGUCGGAAAGGCUCAUUCGAACCAUAGCUGCCAUUCGCUCCUUCCCACAUGAUAAUGUGGAAGAUCUCAUACGCAGGGGAGCAGAUGUGAACCGGAUGCAUGGCACGCUGAAGCCCCUGCACUGCGCCUGUAUGGUGGCUGAUGCCGACUGCGUCGAGCUUUUGCUGGAGAAAGGUGCCGAGGUAAAUGCCUUGGAUGGCUACAACCGCACUGCUCUGCAUUACGCAGCGGAGAAGGACGAGGGUUGUGUGGAGCUGCUUCUAGAAUACGGGGCCCAGCCGAAUGCUCUAGACGGCAACAAGGAUACCCCACUGCACUGGGCCGCCUUCAAAGAUAACCCCGAGUGCGUACGAGCCCUGUUAGAGAGCGGCGCAUGCCCGAAUGUCCGCGACUACAAUAACGACACACCCCUCAGUUGGGCGGCCAUGAAGGGCAACCUGGAGAGUGUGCGCGUGCUGCUGGAGUACGGAGCUCAAGUCCACGUCACCAACCUAAAGGGCCAGACGCCCAUCUCGCGGCUGGUGGCGCUGCUGGCUCGGGGCCUGGGCACGGAACAGGAGGAAGAGUGCCUGGAGCUGCUCUGCCGCGCCGCGGGGAGGUUCGAGAUCCGCAGGGCCGACGGCUCUUUACCACGUGAGCUCAGUAAAGAUCCUCAGUUACUGGCUCGACUCACUAGCCUCGUAGCCCAGCCGCCCUCGUUGCGGGCCUUGGCGCGCUGCGCCGUUCGUAACAGCCUGGGAGUUCAGUUCCUCCCAACUGCAGUGAAACAGCUCCCGCUUCCAGAGUCAGUGAAAGAAUACGUGCUCCUCAGAGACUGAGCGAGAAGACUGUGCUUAAUGUCGGACGUGGAGGAGGUAGAUGUCUUCUGUGUACGUGAACGUGAUUGUAAUCAGACUGCAAUCUGAAGUGUGUCUGUCCAUAUACAGUGGGUGAAGAAGUGAGGACGUUUCAUGUUUCUUUUGUUGCUAUAAUGCCAUCAAAAACAAAUUCAGACUCGGGCUACAGUAUGAUUGUCUGCUUGAGUGCGGAAAAAUAUUGAUCUGGGAGGAAGGAAACCCAUAAUAACAAUGUCCGAAACACUCUUGAUUGCGAAAACAUGAAAAUAAUUUAAAAAUAUUAUUUACCAGUAAAUCCUAUGUACACACAAAUAACACUUUAACAGCACUUAUAAGUUAUAGUUCUAUAUUACAUUUGUUUCUUAAAUUUGAAGUUUUCAAUUUUUAUUAUGCAGUAAUAUUUUUUUAAGACAGCUAAAACCUUUACGUUUUAAAGUCAAAUAAAUAUUAACAUGUUUGUUGAAUCAUU